AUGGCUGCUGCUCCUAACAAUGCGCCGACGGCUGUAGACAAGGAACAGAUUUUUGGUAUGGCAGAGAAGGAGAUGGAGUACAGGGUUGAGUUGUUUAACAAGCUUACCCACACAUGUUUCAACAAGUGCGUUGAGAAGAAGUACAAGGAGGCUGAGUUAAAUAUGGGUGAAAACAGUUGCAUUGAUCGCUGUGUCUCAAAAUACUGGCAUGUAACUAAUCUAGUUGGACAGCUGCUUGGUGCUGGUCGGCCUCCAAUGUAA